UACAGAUAAUAAAAUCAACUGUAAAAAUUGCAAAAUGCCAGCCAAAGUGAUUUAGUUUUUAAAGAUAUCAAAAAGAAAUCCCAAACAAGCAGCAAGACAUGGCUCAAUUGAGGAAUGUGGGCCAAGGUCAACAAAAUGCUGUCAUCAUUGGUCCCAUAAGCGCCUCAAUUAUGUUAUUAAUGGGCUUGAUUUUUGCAUUAUUUGGCAUUAAGAUUUGGGGUUUCCGGCGUCGUUUGACAUUCGAUAGAGGAUCUACAGGCCAACAGCAGCAGCAGCAGCAGCAACAACAACGGCAGGCAGCGCCACGUUAUGCCGCCUAUGAAUCGCAGAUAAAUGGCACAGAUAAUGCAGUCCAUGGUGUAUUUCGACAACGAAAUAUUGAGGAAUUUGAAAGCACACGGCCAUCAUCAGCGGCAGGGAACCGUUUUAUUACUGGCAGUGUGCCAAAUUUACGUUUACAUGGAAUGUCUUCGCCGGAUGAGUCUACAAUUGGAAGCGGGCUUAGCACAGUUGUCUAUCGACCAGAAGCUCCUCAGGCUUCUCAACGCCGAAGACGCAGAGAGGUGAACAGUGCUAAUUAUGAGUACCAUGAAGUGCCACCACCACCCACACGACAACCACCAGCACCGCCAAUUUUGGAAGUAGCUUCAGCAGCAACAACAACAACAACAGCUCUUUCAAAUGAAGCAACAGUGCAACAAACUGUGGAACCUGCCCUCGAGCUGGGCAUACCAAAUUUCGAUCAUUUUGCUGAGAAAUAUGAAUUGAUUAGUGCCCAAGCCUCAUCAUCAUCAUCAUCUGCCCCAACGAAACAUAAUCAAUUGGGGAACAAGGAUAGUGGAAGGUAUGUGAAAUUCGAUGCAGUCGAUGAUGUACCCGAACUUUUGACACCCGACGAUGAUCAUGUAGGAGCAGCUAUAGCUGUAACAGCUGUCGUACAUCAUCCACAGAAACCAGAGGAGCCAGCAGUGAAUUCCUUUCCGGAACCUGAAACUACACAGAGCAGUCAAGUAGUCGAGCAAGCAAACGAACAGAAUGACAGGGCAUUUGUGAUGGAAGUUAUUGCUGGAACUCCGUCACCGGGCCUGGAAACGCCAACGGAAAGUAAUCUAUUCACUGACUUGGAAAUUGAGCCGCGCAUAGUAGGAGCUGUAUUGCGCAGCGAGGAGUUUGUGGUAGUGCUGACGGUGCAUCUCGACAGUUAUGUGGGUUAUGAUGUUUAUGUUUAUGCCGCAUCCGCUGUCUCACUCACUGGUUAUUAG